CAGCAAAGAAAAUAACAUUAUUUUACCAAUUGGUUGUUAAUUUUCCUAAAAUAAAAACUUUUUGAUAAAUUAUUUAAAAUUACAAACAAAAAAAAUAUACAAAACUUUACAACAACAUGUGAAUAUGUCCAUUAUUUAAAGACAACUGAUGAAAUCAAAAUAUAUUUUAAAUAAACAAUAAAACAAAGGAAUCCAAAGAAAAAAAAACACCAAAUUUGGUGUGAGGAGUGGAAACUGUGAAAAAAUUGAGUAAUAAAGAUUGUGGAGUAACUAUAAUAUCGACAAGGUUAAAGCAAUUGGAGCAGUAAUUAAAAUUAAUAAAAAAAGCCUACGUUUAUUAUUAUUAAUAAGUCUUUGCCUUGGUUACACUUAAUUGUUGUUGUGGGCCUUUAGGUAUGAGUGCUAAAACACGCCAACGACCUGCUACGGCUAAUAGCCAAACGCUAAAUGAAUGUGUACAGGUGGUGGUAAGAUGUCGACCCAUGAGCAAUAAAGAACGUUCUGAGGGCUAUGAUGAAGUCAUUGGAGUUUAUCCAAAUCGUGGUGUUAUAGAGAUUUCCAACUAUUCGGAUUCACAAAAGGAACAACGUAAAGUCUUUACCUAUGAUGCGGUCUACGAUGCUGGCUCAUCUCAGACUACGGUCUACAACGAGAUUGUUUUUCCCCUGGUAAGCUCGGUUUUGGAAGGUUAUAAUGGUUGCAUUUUUGCCUAUGGUCAAACGGGUACGGGCAAAACCUUUACGAUGGAAGGUAUACGCGGCAAUGAUGAAUUGGUGGGUAUUAUUCCCCGUACCUUUGAACAAAUCUGGCUACACAUCAAUCGUACCGAAAACUUUCAAUUUUUGGUUGAUGUUUCUUAUUUGGAAAUCUAUAUGGAAGAAUUGAGAGAUCUUUUAAAACCGAAUUCAAAACAUUUGGAGGUGCGCGAAAGCUCAUCGGGUGUUUAUGUACCAAAUCUACAUUCCAUUACAUGCAAGAGUGUCGAUGAUAUGAUGAAUGUCAUGAAGGUGGGAAAUAAAAAUCGUACCAUUGGUUUCACCAACAUGAACGAGCACAGUUCAAGAUCUCAUGCCAUAUUUAUGAUAAAAAUCGAAAUGUGUGACAUUGAGACAAACACCAUAAAAGUGGGCAAAUUAAAUCUCAUCGAUUUGGCCGGCAGUGAGCGUCAAAGUAAAACGGGUGCUUCAGCUGAACGUCUUAAGGAGGCUAGCAAAAUUAAUUUGGCUCUCUCGUCAUUGGGUAAUGUUAUUUCAGCCUUAGCUGAAAGUUCACCACACGUACCCUAUCGCGAUUCGAAGCUAACACGUCUCUUACAAGAUUCUUUGGGUGGUAACUCGAAAACCAUUAUGAUUGCUAAUAUAGGUCCAUCGGCCUAUAAUUACAAUGAAACUUUAACGACCUUGCGUUAUGCAUCCCGAGCUAAAGCCAUACAAAAUCAACCUAUUAAGAAUGAAGAUCCUCAGGAUGCUAAACUUAAGGAAUAUCAGGAAGAAAUUGAACGUCUUAAACGUUUAAUCGGUUCCAAACAGCAGCAGCAGCAACAGCAUGUUAAAGUCGAGAAGCCACCCAAGAAGAUUGUUAAGAAACCCAAAAGUGAAAAGAAAGAAAAAUUGCAGCUUAAGGAAAUGGAUGAGAGUUUGGCGCAAACCAACUCGGAAAUAAAUGAUGUGGAUGAGGAGAAAGAUGAACCGGAAUCGGAUAAAGAAAAUGAGGUGGAAGAGGAGGUGGCCAAGACCAAUGAACAGUUGGAAUCUGAGCGUUUGGAAACUGCCAAACUGGCAGCAAAACUAUCCGAACUUGAGUCUCAGCUGGUAAGGGGAGGUAAAAAUUUACUCGAUACCUAUAGCGAACGACAAAUUGAAUUGGAAAAGAAAUUGGUGGAGAUCGCAGAGCGUAAAAAACGUGAAAUUGAAAUGCAACAGAAAUUGGAAUUACAGGAGGAAACUACUUUGGAAAUAAAAGAAACCGUUACGUCCCUAGAACAGGAAGUGGAAUUGAAGAAACGCAAAUUGUCUAAAUGUUAUGCAAAAUAUUUGGCACUACAGCAAGAGCUAAACGAUUGUAAAUUCGAGCAUAAUCAGGAUCUAAGAGAAUUGGAAAUGGCACAAAAUGAAUUGGUUAAGGAACUGAAAAGGCAGCUAUUAAUUAUCGACAACUUUGUGCCGGUGGAGGUGAAACAACGUCUCUACACACAAGCCAAAUACGAUGAAGAACAGGAGGAAUGGAAAUUCUCCGCUUUACCCAUUUACAACGAUGGCAGCUAUAAUAAUAAACGUCCCGUUUCCCAUCCCCAACGACGCAGACCCAUUUCCGAAUAUGCCUUGUUAGAAGCUAAAAACAAUACCUCAGAUGCCGCUUUACGUUUCAAAAGCGAAAACAUUGUCAACUAUGAACUGGAAAUGCCCUGUCGCACUACUCAAGAAUACAAAAUACCCAAAGUGUCAGCUUCUCUGCAGGCCGUAUUAGCUCAGGCCAUGCAAACCGGCGAUGAUAUCGAUAUAGUAGAUAAUCAUACAAAUUCCAUACGCAGUCGCUUGGAAAGCAUUAUAAAUGCCAGUGCUAAUGCAGCUGCGGCUGCUGCCGCUUCAGCAGCAAAUAUGAAUGGUCAUGGUCCGAAUGCCAAUACAAUCGGUGGCGGCGUGCCCAUUUCCAAUGGGGUGCGUAGUAUUAAGUCUAGUCGUGCUACGGGUAUACCUCCAGCUUCAGCUAUCGAUUCGAAUAGACGUCCACCCACUGGACGUACCCAAGCAAAAAAACCAGGCUCGGCUUAUCCCAAGGCCCGAGGUCUAGUCACUAAAUGAAUUUAAGUUUAAUAUGUUCUCGUCUACUCUAAACAUGUAUAUCUCAAAUAUUACGUAUUUUUUUAAUGCAUUUUAUUCUGUUUACGUUUUUUUUUUACCACAUUCGUAACUCUUUCUUAAGACUAUUAGUGCAAUACGUUUUUGUUUUUUAAGCUUUUUUUGUUUUGCUUAUUUUAACUUAAUUUGUAGUUUUUUUUUACGCCACUGUAUUUUAUUUUUAAUAAAAUUGCAUUUCUUUUUAUUUAUAGAAA